AUGUGUGCGGGCAGCGCUCGUCAUGAGGCGGAACAACAGCAGUCACAUGACACGACACAUUCAGGGGGUCAUCCAGUAUUCCUUCUAACAUACCUGAUAAUCAUGCCUACCACACAGCAGUCGCCGCAGGAUGAGCAGGAGAAGCUGCUGGAUGAAGCUGUGCAGGCAGUCAAGGUUCAGUCAUUUCAAAUGAAGCGCUGUCUGGACAAGAACAAGCUGAUGGAUGCACUGAAACAUGCCUCAAAUAUGCUGGGGGAGUUGAGGACGUCUAUGCUUUCUCCUAAGAGCUAUUAUGAACUCUAUAUGGCCAUUUCAGAUGAGCUGCAUUACCUGGAGGUGUAUUUGACUGACGAGUUUGCCAAAGGCCGCAAAGUGGCUGAUCUCUAUGAGCUUGUUCAGUAUGCAGGAAACAUCAUCCCUAGACUGUACUUGUUGAUAACUGUUGGAGUGGUGUACGUUCGCUCUUUCCCCCAGUCCCGCAAAGACAUACUGAAGGACCUGGUGGAGAUGUGUCGCGGCGUGCAGCAUCCACUGCGUGGCCUUUUCCUCAGAAACUACCUGCUGCAAUGCACGCGCAACAUCCUGCCAGAUGACGGAGAACAGGCUGAGGAAGAGAUGACCGGAGACAUUAAUGACUCCAUUGACUUUGUGCUGCUGAAUUUUGCGGAGAUGAAUAAACUGUGGGUGAGGAUGCAGCAUCAGGGACACAGCAGGGACCGAGAAAAGAGAGAGAAAGAGAGGCAAGAGCUGCGCAUCCUCGUUGGAACCAAUCUGGUCCGUCUGAGCCAGCUGGAAGGCGUCAAUGUGGAAAAGUACAAACAGAUCGUACUGUCUGGAGUCUUGGAGCAGGUUGUGAACUGUAGAGACUCUCUAGCACAGGAAUACCUCAUGGAGUGCAUCAUACAGGUUUUUCCGGAUGAGUUCCACCUGCAGACAUUGAACCCGUUUCUUCGUUCCUGUGCCGAGCUGCACCAAAACGUGAAUGUCAAGAACAUCAUCAUCGCUCUUAUUGACAGAUUGGCCCUGUUUGCUCACAGAGAAGAUGGACCUGGAAUCCCUGCUGAAAUCAAGUUGUUUGAUAUUUUCUCACAGCAAGUGGCAACUGUCAUACAGUCUCGUCAGGACAUGCCCUCUGAAGAUGUUGUUUCACUCCAAGUGUCUCUCAUCAAUCUGGCCAUGAAGUGCUAUCCUGACCGUGUGGAUUAUGUGGAUAAAGUGUUGGAAAGCACUGUGGAGAUUUUCAACAAGCUGAACCUGGAACACAUUGCCACCAGCAGCGCGGUGUCCAAGGAACUGACCAGGCUACUAAAGAUCCCUGUGGACACGUACAAUAAUAUCCUCACUGUGCUCCAGCUCAAGCAUUUCCCACCGCUCUUCGAGUACUUCGAUUAUGAGUCACGCAAAAGCAUGAGCUGCUACGUGCUGAGCAACAUUCUGGACUACAACACAAUCAUAGUGGCUCAAGAUCAGGUUGAUGCGAUCCUGAACCUCGUGUCUACGCUGAUCCAGGACCAACCUGAUCAGCCUGCUGAGGAUCCGGACCCAGAGGACUUUGCAGAGGAACAGAGUCUAGUGGGCCGCUUCAUUCAUCUGCUGCAUUCAGACGACCCUGACCAGCAGUAUCUGAUUUUAAACACUGCCAGGAAACACUUUGGCGCUGGAGGGAACCAGAGGAUUCGCCACACUCUUCCCCCGCUGGUGUUCGCUGCGUAUCAACUGGCCUUUCGUUACAAAGAGAACUCCUCUUCAGAUGAUAAAUGGGAAAAGAAAUGCCAGAAGAUUUUUUCAUUCGCCCAUCAGACCAUCAGUGCUCUGAUCAAAGCCGAGCUGGCUGAGUUACCCUUAAGGCUCUUCCUCCAGGGCGCUCUGGCGGCAGGCGAGAUCGGCUUCGAAAACCAUGAAACUGUGGCCUACGAGUUCAUGUCUCAGGCAUUCUCUCUGUAUGAAGAUGAGAUCAGCGAUUCCAAGGCACAGCUGGCCGCCAUUACGCUGAUCAUUGGCACGUUUGAGCGCACGCGGUGCUUCAGCGAAGAGAACCACGAGCCACUGCGUACCCAGUGUGCUCUGGCGGCCUCCAAAUUGCUGAAGAAGCCUGAUCAAUGCCGCGCCGUCAGCAUCUGUGCCCACCUUUUCUGGUCAGGACGCAACACUGACAAAGGGGGAGACGAGAUCCGUGAUGGACGGAGGGUGAUGGAAUGCUUGAAGAAGGCUCUGAAGAUUGCCAACCAGUGCAUGGACCCGUCCUUGCAAGUCCAGCUGUUCAUCGAGAUCCUCAACAGAUACAUCUGCUUCUAUGAGCGAGAGAAUGAUGCGGUGACGGUCCAGGUCCUGAAUCAGCUGAUCCAGAAGAUCCGUGAAGAUCUCCCGAACCUGGAGGCCAGCGAGGAGACGGAGCAGAUCAACAAACACUUCCACAACACACUGGAGCACCUGCGUCUGCAGAGAGAGUCGCCCGAGUCUGAGGGACCUGCUUAUGAAGGGCUGGUGCUGUAGGUGCCUCACACAUCCACAUUUAUAUUUGUGUACACACACACACACACACGUAUAUAGAGAGAUUUAUGUAUAUGCCCACAUGUGCACACCAGGGUAUUCCAGCCAGGGGAAAAAACUAAGCCAAACCCACCUGCCUCUCUGCCCAUUUCUCAUACUUUUCAGUCUGUUGCUUUCGUCCUCAGCCCUUCUGUCUGUCUUGCUGAUUUUUGUGAGGCGUUUUCUUGUGAAUUCCUUAGAGAACAAUUUAUGCACUGCACUCCUACUCCCUGCUUCCUUCAAACUGCCAUUCCCUAUUAAUAAUAUUGUUGCCAUACAAAUGAGCAAGAUUAAAAAUAUAUAUUUAAGAGAGAAUUAAAACAGUUCCAGUGUUGCUACACAACUUCUUUGUCUCGCUGGCCAAACUGGAGCAAAAAUGCAGAACUUUUAUUGAGCCAUGCAUUGUUGGAGUCUUCGUUUAGAGGACCUACACUUUAUUCUGUUUGUCUUUUCCUUUGUUUCAGCAUUAAUAUUUUAAACGCUGUGCUAAGUUUAACACAUUCGUGUAACUAAUGAAUAGUCCGGUUUCUCAACCUUUUACUUUACGGCAGACACUUAGGUGGAGUGGGACAGUGUGUUGACUAAUAUGUGGAAUGGUUGAACGUGUAUAGACUCUAUUAAUGAAUGAGUAGCUGUGGCUGUGAAUCCAAACCAAUGUCCGAAGCCUUCUCUUGCAUCUUGUUUCCCUUUUUUUUGAAAUUAUGACUCCCCCUCCCUUCAUGUAUUGUAUGUAUAAUCUAAUUGUAAAUCAGUUACAACAAAAUAUCAUUGAUUUCAUGGCAUUUGCACAAAUAAAAAAAUGUUAACCCCA